GGCACGCGGCUCAAGUCCGCUCUUCUUGGCCAUCACCCCGCUUUCCAUCUGCCCACAUCCUCCUCUGUCUGGCCCGGCCCUCCACACGUCCUCUCGACCGCGAUUUGCGGCGUAUAUCUCACAGCGCGCGUGGCCAGACUUGGUCUGGUGUAUCCAACCCUCCGUGGGCGCCAAGGCGAACCUGAUCUCGAAUCUGCAGUUUGUCGGCCCAAACCACUGGCAUCCGGGUCCCGGGUGAAGCCUUUGUGACUGUCUCCCGUCGUGCAUGGCGGCAGCUCUCAGCCAUAUGCUUUCCGCAAACGGUCGUAUCGAAGAGGGACCAGAUGUGGGUUCGUCGCGCGACCGCGAGCGGCACGACAGCAACCGCUCCCAGCAGUUCCAGUCGCCGGCGGCCCUCCGUACACAACCUUCAUUCAACGCUUCUCAAGCCUCGGCCCCGAGUUCCCAAACAGUCACUGUCGAAAACAUGCUUGCAGCGCACGUCAAUGCUCGAGAUCCCGUUCGCAGUGCACUCGACACCGCGGUCGCCGAGCGGAACAGUCUGUCGUUGCAGAACACACAACUGUGGAAGCUCAUCGAGAAACAACGCUCCGGCUAUGGACAGUUGAUGAAAGAGCUGGAACGCGUCCGCGGUGAGCGCGAUGCCUACAAGGCACGCCUAAGAGCAGCUGGAGAAAACACGGAUGCGCUGCUUCGCUCGCAUCGCGACAGGGAGAAGCGUGAAGGCAAGGAGGCUACGCUUCGGUCGUCUUCGUCUCAUUCUCAGCUGAGAGGAAGUGAGGGCAGUGUUUCGAGCUCAUAUGCAUCGGACCCUCGUGCUCAUGUGGCGCGAAAGGGCUCGGCGGAUACGGCGCGGAGCCUUCAACACUCUCAUUCACAAGAACAGACCCUGCGCUCACACCCUCUCAAGAGGGACCUAUCUGGCUCCCAAUCCAGCCUGAACCUCCCUGCGUCCAGCUCGCGCGGACUUCCUGCGGCGCCAUCCCCUCUUUCGACUAUUGCCACCACACGCGGACAGAGUUUCCCUCGCGACGUCACGCCAGACGGGCGAUCAACAGUGAAUCAAACGAUGAGCCCGACACAACAAUCAUUCACACAGACAUCCUCUAGCAACUCAAUAUCCUCUUCGAGCACCGUCAAUGCAGACCUUGCAGACCCCGUACUUGGACAGUGGCAAUCUGGGUACCGGCCAUCCAUAGACACGGCAAGGCCAACGGGCAAAGUUCUCUUGACGCCUGCACCGGAUUCUACCCGUCCGCUGCGCGACUCGCUCCCCACCCGAGUGCCACCAUCACCUCAUACGCAAUCACCCUCCACACAACAUUCCUCUCCAGAUACGCCGUCAAAUCAUUCAUUGAGCCCCUAUUCCAACGGCGGCGAACCCAAUGCGCGUCCAGGGCUUUCACGCGAGUCUCGCAUUUCGUUGCCGGAGGAGGCGAAACGCUACUACGCGAACCUGGCCGAUUCACCCAUGCCCAGCCCGGGUCUCGGUAGCUCAGAGAUGUCCUCGUCAGAAUCACCAGCAAAGACUCAACUACCCCUCGUCGCCGAGGUCGCCGAGUCGUUACGUAGCCAGUCUGGCACGCCUGCGAGUUCCUCCGGGGCGCGGUCACGGAGCACAACAGCAGUGGGUGACGAGGCGGCUCCGUUCCUCGACAUGGGCGACGGAGAUAGCAUGCAUUCCAGCGAACAAGGGCGGCCGUCUAUCACGGAGAAUGGUCUACCCUACGACGAUCGCGAUUCGACACUCACCCGGCGGGAGAAGGAGGCGAUACCUGAGGACUUCCCCUUGCCUCCGUCGACCAACAACUUCCCAUACCCUGCCGGUGACAUGCUCCGCGUCGCUCAACCGCAGACUUCCGAGCCGCCUCGGACACCGGUCUCCCCGUUCCCCAUGCCCGAUGUCGCGCCGCAGAUGAAGUUCCGCGCUCUUCCUCUGCUCGCAAGUGACCUUCCGCAUACGGAAGUCAACGUCGUGACCUCGACGAUCCGUCCAAACGAGCGCGGCAAGGAGGUGCUCUCAUUCGUCGUUUUAGUCAACCCAGGAGGAGGCAAGGACCCAUGGAAGGUCGAGAAGAUGUACAGCGACGUACUGGCUCUGGACGCACGGAUGCGUGCGACCUUGAGCAAAAACGUGCUGAAGAAAAUGGUCGCCCUGCCGGAGGGGCGGAUGUGGCGAGACCAUGCACCUGCCAAGGUGGACCAGAGGAAGCACGCCCUUCACGACUACCUGCGCUCACUAAUAGCGUUGCCUGUCAAGAACAAAGACGAGGUCAUUGCUUUCUUCACGUCCGACAUCGUUCGCGAGGCCCAGAAGCCAGUGUCGCAACCAGGCUACAAGGAAGGCUAUCUGACUAAGCGGGGCAAAAACUUUGGUGGUUGGAAGACAAGAUACUUCGUACUCCAGGGUCCAUCGCUAGAGUACUACGAGAGCCGUGGGGGCGCACAUCUGGGCUCCAUCACGAUCACCGGUGCACAAAUCGGCCGACAGCAGAAGGCUCCCGAUAGACGGGACGCAGACGAGGACAAUGAGUAUCGACACGCGUUCCUAAUCAUCGAAGCGAAGCGGGGGCCAGCCGGCUCGAGCUCGCGCCACGUCCUGUGCGCGGGUAGCGACGAGGAGCGUGACAGCUGGGUAGAGGAACUGGUGCGCUACGUGACGGGUGCAUAUACCGAAGACCAGGUCGCGGUUGUCCAGAACGGGCCCAGUCCCAUUGCAGUCGGUAGCGCUGCGCAGAAUGGCCAGGCGCAGUCGCGCGCAAGUACGAGCACAAAUGGCCCCAACGAUGCCUACUCCACGCCGAACAGUCGUCGAGAUGUGGGCAGAGGUGACUUUGCAAACGGUCGGAUGCCUGCACAUAUGUACGAGAGUACUCCGAGUCCAGUGAAGUCCAUGGUCACGCCGUCGCCUCUCGAGCGUUCCUCUAUUGACGUUGCACCGCUGUCCAACUCUAUGCCCACGACGUCGCCGCUCAUUGGCGAAGAUGCAGAGAUGCCCGCUGGCAUUUCACAACGAGCGAACUCAGAAUUGGGUCACUACGCCGAUCUCAGAACGCCAGAUCAGAGUCGCAAGAAGAACCGACGCAUGUCCGUCAAUCCUAGCAAGGCGCCCAUUCCAGAGCCCAUUCCAGAGCGCACGCCGUCGCCGGAUAAGGAGGCUGCGAUUGCCACCACGCCAAAGGUGGAUGCGCACGGGAAGGUGAAGAUCUCCGGGCCCAUGAAUGGCACGCCCAUCCCUGCAGGGUACAAGUUUGGGGGCAAAGACGAGAGGCCAGAGCCGACGCCGCCGAGUUACAACGAUCGGCGCGAAAAGGCAAAAUCGCGGACCUUCUGGGGAGCCUUUGGUCGCCAGCACGACAAACCUGCCGUGCCCACCCUGGCGCCACGGCCCGUGUUCGGCGUUCCUCUGGACGAGUCGCUCGACGUGGCGCAAAUUGCGAGCUUGCCGGCCAUCGUCUUCCGAUGCAUUCAGUAUCUCGAAGCCAAGAAGGCGGAGCAAGAGGAAGGCAUAUACCGAUUGAGUGGAAGCUCUGCUGUCAUCAAGAGUCUCAAGGAUCGGUUCAACGCUGAGGGUGACGUCGAUCUAUUGAGCUCCGAUGAGUACUGGGACCCGCAUGCGAUUGCUGGGCUUCUCAAGACAUUCCUACGCGAACUCCCUGCGAGCAUAUUGACGCGUGAUCUUCACCUGCGGUUCCUUUCAGUGAUCGACUUCGUCGACCCACAAGAACGCAUCAGGGAGCUCUCAGUCCUCAUUGCGUCCUUGCCCAUUGCGAACUACAGUCUCCUCAGGGCGCUGACGGCGCAUCUGAUCUUGAUUGUGCAGAACGCGAACAUAAACAAGAUGACGAUGCGGAACGUCGGCAUCGUGUUCAGCCCCACUCUUGGCAUACCUGCCGGCGUCUUCAGUCUCAUGCUGGGCGAGUUCAAACGCGUGUUCAACGUCGACGGCACGUUGGAGGAGAGCGCACCUGCGGAGGAAGAGGAGGUUGUCGAUCGGCGCAACAGCAGACGGUACACUGAUGCCGCGGCCGACCAGCUUCUGGGCCUCUCCGGAAGAGCACUGCCUGUGAGUAAUGACGACGCUCCGUCAGACGAAGGGGAUGAGGCGUCCGUCAUCGAAGAUAGCACCGAAGGCACAUAUGAGAACGACGGGGACUACGUGGGAUCCUCGGCGGGAUCGAGCGCGGUGAACCUCCCACCAGGAAGCGGGGCCGCGCCUUCCGCUAGCCUGCAGGUGCCAGAGCAGACGGGCGGGAUGGCGCCCGUCUCGUCUGUCUCCCGGUCGCGCGCGUCGAACGUUGCGGCGACACGGGGGCUCAACAUCUCGACGUCUGACAGGGCGAACCACCGAAACUCUCACAUCAUGGGCCUCCCGUCGUCCCCGCGGCCGAGCCUUCGCGCGGCGAGCAGCGGAGCUCCUUCGCCCGGCGCGGGGGGCAGCCCGCUGACUCCCAGGUAGGUUCGCUAUGCGUCUGUGCCGCAUCGCGCAUCAUAGACACUGGCUUCGACGUGUACGAACAGUAGUCGCCUCCUCGUGUUCUGAAAACAGCUGUGGGAAGCACGUACGACAUUGCGAGACGGCCUUGUGUAUAUACCUCUUUGCAUUUACGGGUAGAUUAGUACGAGUAGAUAUCAUAUACCCGCGCACGGUGCAUUUGUCUGUGGACUCUCCUUCUGCGCUGUCCUAAUAACAGCAUGGGCGUUACAAGCUGACGAGAGAGGUAACUUAUUUUGGUGGUGCGAUGAGCGUGGCUACUUACGAGAGUCGAGGCGGGCAUUGCGGGCGGCUGGAGCGUGGUGCCUGGCGGACUAGCGCGCGCGCGAUCAGAAAUUAUGCGUGAGAUACAG